UGCUACAUGAAGUCUUCAGUAUGGUAGCCACAACAAAAUCUGCCAAACACUAGACGGUGAAAUAAUGGUUUGCUAGCUGUCGGAGCGAGCGCCCACCUUCCACAAUGCCUGUGCAGGCGGCACAGUGGACGGAAUUUCUGUCCUGUCCGAUCUGCUACAAUGAGUUUGAUGAGAAUGUGCACAAGCCAAUCAGCUUAGGCUGCUCACACACAGUCUGCAAGACCUGCCUGAAUAAGCUGCACCGCAAGGCCUGCCCUUUCGACCAGACAGCCAUCAACACUGACAUCGACGUGCUUCCUGUAAACUUUGCACUUCUCCAGUUAGUUGGAGCCCAGGUGGGUAACCAUGUUGGUCUGAAGCUUAGUAAUCUUGGAGAGAACAAGCACUACGAGAUAGCAAAGAAAUGUGUGGAAGACCUGGCACUUUAUUUAAAGCCACUGAGUGGAGGCAAGGGUGUUGCCAGUUUGAACCAGAGUGCGCUGAGCCGUCCAAUGCAAAGGAAGCUGGUGACAUUGGUGAACUGCCAGCUGAUAGAAGAGGAGGGUCGGGUGAGAGCCAUGCGGGCAGCCCGCUCCCUUGGUGAGAGAACCGUGACGGAGCUGAUCUUACAGCAUCAGAACCCUCAGCAGCUGUCUGCCAAUCUCUGGGCUGCUGUCAGAGCACGAGGGUGCCAGUUUCUAGGGCCAGCUAUGCAGGAGGAAGCCUUGAAACUGGUGCUGCUGGCCUUAGAAGAUGGCUCUGCCCUCUCCCGGAAAGUGCUGGUGCUUUUUGUUGUCCAGAGGCUGGAGCCGCGAUUCCCCCAGGCAUCGAAAACUAGCAUUGGCCACGUUGUGCAGCUGCUGUAUCGAGCUUCGUGCUUCAAGGUCACCAAAAGGGAUGAAGACUCUUCCCUGAUGCAGCUGAAGGAGGAAUUUCGCAGUUACGAAGCGUUGCGGCGGGAACAUGAUGCUCAGAUUGUCCACAUCGCCAUGGAAGCGGGACUUCGAAUAUCACCAGAACAGUGGUCGUCCCUCCUUUAUGGUGACUUGGCCCACAAAUCCCACAUGCAGUCCAUCAUUGACAAGCUUCAGUCCCCAGAAUCCUUUGCAAAAAGCGUUCAAGAGCUGACAAUCGUUCUGCAACGUACUGGUGACCCUGCAAAUUUAAACCGGCUUCGACCCCAUUUGGAGCUAUUGGCCAACAUAGAUCCUAAUCCAGAUGCAGCAUCUCCAACAUGGGAACAGCUGGAAAAUGCCAUGGUGGCUGUGAAGACAGUAGUCCGCGGCCUAGUGGACUUCAUUCAGAAUUACAGUCGGAAAGGCCAUGAAACACCACAGCCACAACCAAAUAGCAAAUACAAAACCAGCAUGUGCCGGGAUCUGCGACAACAAGGCGGCUGUCCACGUGGGACAAACUGCACAUUUGCUCACUCUCAGGAAGAGCUGGAGAAGUAUCGACUGAGGAACAAGAAGAUGAGUGCCACAGUGAGGACCUUCCCACUGUUAAGCAAAGCCAACGUAACCAGCACUGUCGCCACCACAGCAGGAAGUGUUAUUUCCAUCAUAGGAAGCGCAGAAUCAACAGGGAAGAUCGCCCCUAGCACCAAUGGGAUCACGAGCCUGGAGAGUGGCCUGCCACAGCUGAUUCCACGUUGUUCCGACACCUCUUCCCUAAGGGCUUUGGAGAACGUGAAGAAAGCAGGGAAGGCUGGAACCAACUGUCAGAAUGUCUCUGGAUCUCCAACAGAUCCCCUGCCUGAAAAUAAAAUUGGUUCGCCUCCAAAGACUCCUGUCAGUCAGGCAGCAGCUGCCUCAGCAGGCCCUCCUCCGCCUCCUCCUCCACUUCCUGUUGGCACAGAGAUGGGCUCCAUGCCUCCCAAGUCCAGCCCCUUCGCACCAAGAGUGCCUGUCUACCCUCCACACUCUGACAACCUGCAGUAUUUUCAAGAUCCCCGGGCCCACCUGUCCUACGAAACCCCACAGUACCCACAAGCAGGUUACUACCCACCACCGCCAACGGUCCAGGCUGGUGUAGGUCCCUGCCUCCCUCGCUUUGUUCGGUCCAGCAAUGUUCCAGAGCCCCCACUUCCACCUGCUUCCAUGCCCUACAGUGACCAUUACAGCACUUUCCCCCCUCGAGACAGGUUGAGUUCUCCUUACCAGCCUCCUCCACCACAGCCAUAUGGGCCAGUCCCUCCUGUUCCAUCUGGAAUGUAUGCCCCCGUCUAUGACAGCCGGCGGAUCUGGCGGCCACAGAUGUACCCACGGGAUGACAUCAUCAGAAGUAAUUCCUUACCUCCCAUGGAUGUUGUGCACCCCUCAGUCUAUCAGACCUUUUUGCGAGAAAGAUACAACUCUUUGGACAGCUACUAUUCCAUGGCCUGCCAGCUGUCAGCUGAGCAAAGGACAGUGCCUUUGUCAAGGGAACCUUGUGGCCACUUGAAGCCCACUUAUGAUGACCCACUAAGGAGGAAGCCAGAGCAGUGGGCCCAGUACCAUGCACAGAAGACUCCCCUGGUGUCCUCUGCCCUUCCCACGGCUACGCAGUCUCCAACACCACCUUCUCCUCUAUUCAGCGUAGACUAUAGCACGGAAUUCUGUGAAAACUCGAGUGACUUAAGCAACACCAAGUACGAGGAUGACCGCCUCUCCCACUACUCGCCCUGGUCCUGUGGCACAAUCAGCUCUUGCAUAAGUGCCAUCGAAUCGGAGCCUAAGGAUGUCAUUGCCAACUCCAAUGCGGUGCUCAUGGAUCUGGACAGCAGUGACAUGAAGAGACGGGUACAUCUCUUUGAAACCCAACGAAGGGCCAAGGAAGAAGACCCCAUAAUUCCAUUUAGCGAUGGGCCUAUCAUCUCCAAAUGGGGUGCGAUCUCCCGGUCAUCCCGCACAGGUUACCAUACAACAGACCCAAUUCAGGCCACUGCUUCCCAAGGAAGUACUACAAAGCCAAUCAGCAUGUCAGAUUAUAUCCCUUAUGUCAGCACUGUUGAUUCAAGAUGGAGCUCCUACAGUUCUGAUUCUACUUCAUCAGUACCCUUUAUAGAACGGGACCGGUUCAUAGUAACUGAUAUAUCUGCCCCAAGAAAGCAUUCCAGCACUGGAGAUCUACUGAGCAUCGAACUACAGCAGGCCAAAAGCAACUCAUUGCUACUUCAGAGAGAGGCAAAUGCUCUGGCCACACAGCAGAAAUGGAGCUCUUUAGAUGAAGGCAGCCACCUCACCUUGAACCUUUUAAGCAAGGAGAUUGAUCUGAGGAAUGGAGAGACUGACUACUCAGAAGACAGUGCAGACACAAAGCCGGACCGAGACAUAGAAUUAGAACUUUCAGCCCUGGAUGCUGAUGAGCCUGAUGGGCAAGUGGAACAAAUGGAAGAGAUUUUGAGCCUACAGCUUGGUAUCAGCGAUCAAGAUGAUCAUCUAUUCAAUGGGUCAGCUCUGGAGAAUGGCCACCCGUUGGAGCAGUCCCAGAAGGAGCCCAGGCAGCAGAAGAGGCCCAGCUUAGGUGAAGACCUUACUAUUCUGGAGAAGCAAAAAACAAUCCUGCCCGUGACUUCCUGCUUCAGCCAACCAAUGGCCUCCUCCAUGGGCUCCCUGCCAGUUACAACCUCUGCUGGCGUGGGCAGCCUCAUUCUCAAAACGGCUCACAUUAUGGUGGAUGGGAAAAAUGACUUUUUAAGGCCGGUUGCAAAUGGCAAGUUGGUGAACAGCUGAGAGGUGAUCUGCUUUCGAGCUUAUGACCAUGCUAUGGAAGCAUCUACCCUUGCUUUUUAUAU